AAUGCGUGGAAAAGGAGGAGGAGGAGGUGUGGAUGUGUGUGCAUCCAUAUAUAUAUAAGGGCCCACGCUGACAGCCACACAGUGCAAAAAAGCUCCGGCGUUGGAAGGAUAUCUUGGGACUCGGAGCGCACAGGCAGCCUUUUGAGAGUGACAUCAUGUGGAUCCUCCUCCGGACCUCCUUGUUGUUUCUCGCCUUUGCCUAUGCACUCAGCAGUGACUGCCGGAAGGACUGCCUCAACUGCCACAGACAUUUGUACAGCCAACAGGAUGACUUCAGCCUCCUUAUCUGUGUGAUGGAGUGUGAGAAGAAGCUGUUGUCCAGAGCCACUUGGGAUCUCUGCAACAAAGCGAUCAUCAGGAAGCCUUCCUCUUUGCUGCUGGGCUUUGAAGGCCUGGACGAUGAAGUCACUUGGCCCUUCGAGUUUUGGGAUGUUGGCUCACCAAGAGGCCGAGGCAGCCUGAAACGCUUUGGCGACUUCCCCCGCGCAGCUGAAGACGAGAAGCAUGUCAUGCGUCGGCCAGAGCCGGAAGACGAGCCAAGCCACAGCAGCCAAGCAGACCUCUUAGGGGACCUCCUGAGCGACCCGGGCGUGCAAGACCUCCAGAAGCGAUUUGGAGGGUUCAUCGGGGUCCGGAAGUCGGCCCGGAAGUGGCACAACCAGAAACGCUUCAGCGAGUUCCUCAAGCAAUACCUGGGGAUGUCUCCGCGCUCGGUGGAGUACGACGGCAUGGCCGACGGAGACCUGAAGGAACAGAACGAGGUCUAGGCCCCAUGGACUUUCCUCCGGGUUGACGCUCCCCUUUCUUUUUCGUACCACCAACACGUCGUGAAUUGGUUGCCGGCCUGCCGUGGCCCAAGGGACCAACCCCGUUCCAACCCUCAGUGUCAAAACAGAAACAAAAUCCGUAACCCAUUGAAAGGAAAGUCCAGCUGCUCUUCAGAAAGAAGCAACUCAGAAUUGCUCAAAUCAGAUAAUGAUCAUUCGCCUCCAUCAUUACAACACUAUCUUAUAUACAGAUUAUAUUCCACUUGGUUUGUUUCAAUUAAAAAUACUCUGGGCCCUCCAUAUUUGCAGGUUUGAUUUUGUAGGUUUAGUUAAAAUUUCUAGGACUCCCAAUGGAGGACCUAGAGAAAACUUCUUUAGAAAUGUCUAGGUCUUAACAAUACAAUUCUAUGACCAACCUCUGGCAAAAAAAUGACCAUACAAUCGCACUAGAAGACCUAAAACAUUCAAGAGAGAACACCUCCAGGAAUAUCUCAGUUUGUCAGUGCAAUUCAGUGGUCAAUGUCUGGUGGAAACUGACCCUAGAAGACUUUGAGGGCCUACAAAAAAUACCUCUAGGAAUGUCUAGGUUCUCCAAUGUGAUUUUAUGGCCAACCUCUGCCUGAAACUGGCCAUAAACUUACACUGAAGGACCUGAAGAGUCCUAAAGAUAAUGUCUAAUUCUUCCAGUUCAAUGCUGUGGUCAACGUCUGGCUGAAACUGGCCAAAGAUCCACACUGGAGGACCUGGAGUGUCUAGAAAUGUCUAGUUUUUCCAGAGUCUGGUCAACUUCUAGCAGAAACAGACCAUGGAAUAACUCUGGAUAUCUUAAAUAAGUGAAUUCUUGGGUGAAACAAGUAGAAUUUCUUUUAUUCAUGGUUUAUCCACUUUUGGAAGGGUCCUAUAUUCCUAAUGACAGUAAAUGUGGAGAGCUUCCCAAUUAAUAUGAAUAUGAAUAUUAGGACAUCAUCCAUGCUGCAGAAUGACAGCAAUUGGACACCCUUUUGUCGUAGCUCUAUUCUAUGGAACCUUCUGGUUUGUAAUUAAUCACAAAUCCCAGAAUUCCACAGCAUGGAGCCAUGGCAACUAAUGUGGUGUCAAACUGAUAUAAUUCUGCAGUGUGGGUGCAGCCGGAGUCAACGUAAGGACAAACCCAAUUGAUUGAACAUCUCUGUUGACAUUUGGAACAAUAAUCACAGGGCAUUAUUUUUCCAAAGUGUCUUUCCACUGGAUUUGGUAAGACUGGAAGCCAGUCUACACAUUGCAAAGUGUAGAAAAUAGGGAACAGAAUUUGGGAACACGAUCCUAUUUUGCAUCACAUUCUUGUAAAUAUUGGCACACAUCUACGCUGUAGAAUUAAGGCAGGCGGAUACCACUUUAACUACCGUAUGGGCUUUGUAGCUUGACGAGGCAACCACAACCUUUGACAGAGAAGUCUCAAGACCUUGACAAACUACAAAACACCCACUGAAGUGGCAUCAAACUGCUUUCCUUCUACAGUGUAGAUGCACCCUGAUGUUACGUUUGGCUUUUAUAUGUCACCAUUUGUAGCGAGGUAUGUUUUGCUGGUAUUGUGAGACAUCCAGAACUUUCCUUGGUGGCUUAUACACAUUGUCUAUGAACAAUAAAAAAAUGAAUGCUGGAAUAUCCCUUCUGAUAGUAAGCUAGCACUUUCUCUUUCACAUGCUAGGCUUCUCCAUGAAUCAAGAUUCACGGCUGCAUCCGCACUGCAGAACCGUACCAAUUUGAUAUCACGGCGAAAAUUGCACCAGAUUCUCCCUGUUCUUAAUGGGGUUCCUCAGACAGGAACCCUAUUUUCCAACCUGGAGAUGAAUGCUAAAGGUGUGUCCCAUUCCUAUUAAGGAACUCUUGCAGCUAAAGUGGUAUCAAAGUUUGCAUCCUAUGCAGUGCAGAUCCAGGUAUCUUCCCAAACGGGGUUGGGACGCCUUCAGAACGGCAGAGCUUUGGUGUUUGUGGGUUUCUGUUGCCAGUUUCCUCGACCCCUGCGCUCCUUUUCUUUCUCUCUCCAUGGCAUGCCUUCGGUCCAAAUUGCUGUCUCGGCACCAUUCCUUUUUAAGAAAUAAUGUAAUAAUACCUUUUGCCCCCACCGCCAUGGUCUCGGCUAUCUACUUCUUCUGUAAACUGUUGAAUGUUUAAUUGGGGUGGGUGGGAAAUGGAAGACGUGCCCUGCUCUUUUUAAUUGUUUCCGACCCAAAACAAAUCCCUCCAUUAAACUUGUAUAUAGCAAAACAGAAAAAACAAAGAGAAAAGAUGAAUAAAUUAGUUUUCUAUUUCGA